AUGGGUGAUGGUACUGCCACUAUUGUAGUUACAAUAGCCGUUAUCUGCAUGUCAUUAUUGAGAAGGUACAAGCCAUUUAGAGAAUGGGUAGCCAAAGCAGCUGAGAGAUCAUUAAGGGUUAUAAAGAACAAGGAUGAGCUAUAUUUGACUACACCAGAGCUGACACUCCACAAAUCAAGACCUUCUGCUUCUGCUAGGCCCUUUGAAGAAUAUGUCAACGCCCUGGAAUCGAUGAAAGGCUACUUAAAGUCAUCUCAAAAGAUUACUAGUAUGGUUAAUAAUAGAGCUAAAGAGUUAUCUAGAAAAGAGUUAUCUCAGCUAAAGGAUAUUGGAUAUUUCAGCAAGUUAGACUACAUAACAAGCGCUACUAUUAAGAAUAGUGCGGUUAUCGAGGAUAUCAUAAAAUGUACCCUAAAGGAGCUGGCAUUGAAAAAUCAUAAUAACGUUGAUCUAAAGGCUGAUCUAGAAUUAGCUUGCAAUAAGUUGGGCUAUAAACUUGACUCAGAAGGUAAUAUUUCUAAGCUAAAUACUAUCAAGCUACUGAGCUCUGCAACGAGCAGAUCAAACUCGGUUACAGAAUCUCUGAAUCAUCUGUGCAGAGACUGGAGUGACUAUUAUAAAUGUGAACGUGAUCCCCUUACUGAAUACAUCAUUGAGAGAAUAAAUUCUAUAAAUAUUAAAGGAAAAGAUAUCUUAAUAGUGGUUCCGGGUUCUGGUGUAGGUAACAUUGCAUACAAUUUAUCUCAGAAGUUUCCAGAGGCAAAAGUAGAUUCCAUCGAAUUGUCUUCCUAUAUGUUCAUAUGCAACAGAUAUGCACUAACUAGCAGUAACGAUAUUAGUAUUAGUCCAUUUGCAUUGUAUUACUCUGGCCAGACAAGUGCAAAAAACCAAACUCGAGAAUUGAAUGUAAACCUAUCCAAUGUAUCUGAGAGAGAAAAUCUUUACCCAUAUUGGGCUGAUUUUAGACUAUAUCCCUCUACUCUAGAAAAGAAAUAUGACUACAUUAUUGUUUGUACUGCAUACUUCAUCGAUACUGCUGAGAAUUUAUUUGAAUAUUUCAACUCCAUUGAAAAUCUGUCAGAGCACUGUAACAAAGACCUUCAUUGGAUAAAUAUUGGACCUUUAAAAUAUGGUACUCGACCAAAGGUACAGUUGACUGUAGAGGAAUUAACCAAAUUACGUAAGUUACGUAAUUGGAAGGAUCUUCAUACACAAACAGUUUUGGACUAUGAUGAAAAACUAAAUGGAUACUUAACCGAUUACGAGGGCCUGUACCAAGGCUAUUAUGGAUUGACAAAAUUCCAUACUGUCUGCAGGAAGUGA